AUGUUAUGGGCAAUGAUGAGGUUCUAUUUGCUUUCCAUUGCGUUAGUUUUUUGUGGAUCUACAAAUGGAUUUAAUGUGUGGAAUAGAACAUCUAUCCUUGAUUGGCAAGCUGGACGUUCUAAUGUUACAUGGGGCCAAAUUUUUCAACUUGCUACACCUGGUCAACUUGAGCUACCUUCCAGAAAAGGUCCAAAUGGAAAUGAUGGCAGUGGAAACUUUGGAAAUGCUGUGCUUACUUCGGAAGUCCCACCUGCUCAACGUGACUCUAGUUUUGUUCAGUCUUCUGGUGGUGUUGCUCAUAUCAAACAAAUACUAAAUGCUUAUGGUCAAGCUGCUAUUAGCCACCAGCCUAAUUCAUCUCAGUCUUCAGGAUUUUAUUGGAAUGAGUUCAUUAAGCCUGGUAACUGUGGCCCUUUGCCAUCUCAGCAUUGGCCAGGAAAAAAUCUGCCUGGAUUUCAAAGUCCAUCCUCUUCCCAAGUGCUAGGAUUUCAGACCCAGUUAUACCAACCGAGCUCCCCAACACAAUUCUCUGCAGGCCAGUCUGCUUCUGCCUUUCAGGCACAGGGUCCAAGUGCUUCAACACCAUAUCAAGGUCAAGCUUUAAGCUGGCAUGUUUCACAAGACCAAAGCAUUCCCUCCUCCCAGUCUGUAGUCGCAACAAACCCGACCCAGUCAUACCAGCCCAACAUCCCAACACAGGUUUUGGCAGGCCAGUCUGCUUUGCCGUCUCAGUCUAUGGGUGCUUUAAAUUUGUAUCAAGGUCUAACUUCUGGCAGGUAUCUGGCUUCUCUGGGUCAGGGCAUUCCACCCUCCCCCCAGCCUGUGGCCACCACAAACCAAAUAUCUGGAUUCCAGAACACUUACUGGCCUAACACACCAGUUUCUUCAAGCCAGACUAUCUCUCUUCCUCAGAGCUCAAGUGCUUCACAGCUGUUUCAAGGGCAAACCUCAGGCAUGUCCAGCAUUUCACAGGACCAGAGCAUUCCAUCCUUCCCCCAGUCUAUGGACACCUCAAGCCAGAUAACUUCAUCACAAACCCAGUCAUCCUUCCAGCCUAGCACCACAACACAGCUUUUGUUGGGCCAGUCUGAUUUGCCAUCUCAGCCUAUAGGUGGUUCAUCUUUGUAUCAAGGUCUAACUUCUGGCAGGUAUCUGGCUUCGCUCGGUCAGAGCAUUCUAUCUUCCCAGUCUGUGGCCACCACAAGCCAGAUCACUGAUGCUCAGGCCCAAUCUUUCCAGCCUAGUACUACAACACAGGCUUUGACAGGACAGUCUGCUAUUUCUCAGGAUCAAUCCUUGCAGGCUUUGGCUGCCUAUCCAGUUCAGGCAUCUGGCUGGUACACAAUUUCACAGGGUCAGAUUCCUUCACAAGUCUCUGGAUUCCAGGCUCAGUCAUACCAGCCAAGCACUGCAACACAGGUGUUACCUGGUCAAUCUGCUUCUCCUGUUCAGUCUAUGGGUGCUUCAGCAUUGUAUCAAGCUCUAACUUCUGGCAGGUAUCUGGCUUCACCAGAUCAGAGCAUUCCAUCCUCCCAGUCUGUGGCCACCACAAGCCAGAUCACUGAUGCUCAGCCCCAAUCUUUCCAACCUAGCACUACAGCACAAGUUUUGUCAGGCCAGUCUGCUGCUCAGGAUCAAUCCUUUCAAGCUUCAGCUUCGAAUCUACCCCAGACCUCUGGCUGGUACACCAUUUUACUGGGUAAGAUGAUUCCAUCUUCCCAAGUUUCUGGAGUCCAGACAGGCUCGUUAAUUCCCUCUAGCCCAACACAGGGUUUGGAAGGCCCAUCUGCUUCUAUUGCCCCAUUGCAGCCCUUGGAUGCUUUAACACAGUAUCAAAUGCAAGGCUCCAGCAGGUACAGCAGUUCACAGAACCAGAGCAAUCCACUGUUCUCCCAGUCUGUGGUCAACACAAAUCAAAUCUCUGGCAUCAAGAAUCAGACACCAUCCUGGGCUAACACAACAUGGACUACAGCAAACCAGUCUGAUUCCAUGUCUGUGUCUCAAGGCAGCUAUGUGACUGAAUCUUCAGGGAAUGCUAAAUGGUACAGUGUUUUACAGGGUCGGAUAAUGCCAUCCUCUUCUGGGUUGCAGGUGCAACCAUUCCAGCCAAGUACUGCAACACAGGUGUUACCUGGUCAAUCUGCUUCUCCUGUUCAGUCUAUGGGUGCUUCAGGAUUGUAUCAAGGUCUAACUUCUGGCAGGUAUCUGACUUCCCUGGGUCAAAACAUUCCACCCUCCCCCCAGCCUGUGCCCACCACAAACCAAAUAUCUGGAUUCCAGAACACUUACUUUCCUAACACACCAGUUUCUUCAAGCCAGAGUAUAUCUCUCCCUCAGAGCUCAAGUGCCUCACAGCUGUUUCAAGGGCAAACCUCAGGCAUGUCCAGCAUUUCACAAGACCAGAGCAUUCCAUCCUCCUUCCAGUCUAUGGACAUCUCAAGCCAGGUUACUUCAUCACAAACCCAGUCAUCAUUCCAGCCUAGCACCACAACUCGGGUUUUGACAGAGCAGUCUGCUAUUGCUCAGGAUAAAUCCUUACAAGCUUCAUAUCCACCUCAGACCUCUGGCUGGUACACUAUUUUACAGGGUCAGAUUCCAUCCCCUUCACAAUUCUCUGGAUUCCAAGCCCAGUCAUCAUACCAGCCAAGCACUACAACGCAGGUUAUGCCUGGUCAGUCUGUCUCAUCUCAGUCCAUGGGUGAUUCAACACUGUAUCAGGCUCUAACUUCCGGCAGGUAUCUGACUUCCCCGAGUCAAAACAUUCUGCCCUCCUCUCAGCCUAUAGUCACCACAAAACAAAUAUCUGGAUUCCAGAACACUUACUGGCCUAACACACCAGUUUCUUCAAGCCAGACUAUCUCUCUUCCUCAGAGCUCAAGUGCUUCACAGCUGUUUCAAGGGCAAACCUCAGGCAUGUCCAGCAUUUCACAAGACCAGAGCAUUCCAUCCUCCUCCCAGUCUAUGGACACCUCAAGCCAAAUAACGUCAUCACAAACCCAGUCAUCAUUCCAGCCCACCACCACAACUCAGGUUUUGACAGAGCAGUCUGCUCUUGCUCCAGCUCAAUCCUUGGGAAAUUCACUUUUGUGUUCAAGUCCGACACCUGGUUGGUACACCACUUUGUUGGGUAAGCUGAUUCCAUCUUCUCAAAUGUCUGGUUUUCAGCCUGCGUUACAACAGCCUAGUUCCACAAGUCAGCCUGCUGCAUCUCAGGCUCAGUCUAUGGGUGACUCACCACUUUAUCAAGGUCUAACCUCUAACAUCAAUCUAACAUCACAGUACCAAAGAACCCCAUCCUCCUUCCAGUCUGUUGCUGCCCUGAACCAAAUAUCUGGAAUUCAGAACCAGACCACAUACUUGUCUAGUACCAUACAACUUGCUCCAAGCUCGUCUGCUUUUACCCCUCAAUCUCAGAGCUCAGGUGUUACUACAAUGCAUCAAGUACCAGCUGAAGGCUUACCAAAUACUUCACAGGACCAGAGCAUUACAGCCUCCUUGCAGUCUGUACCCUCCUCAAGCCAGAUUUCUGGAUUUCAGAACCAGACAUCAUACUGGCCAAGUGCAACAUGGGUUUUGCCAGGAGAUACUCAUAUUGCUCAGAUUCAGUCCUUGGGAAAUCCAGUUUCAUAUCCAAGUCAAACCUCUCCCUGGAACACCUUUUUGCAGAGUAAGAUUCCAUCUUCCCAAGUGUCUGGAUUCCAGGCCCCAUCAUUAUACCAGCCUAGCACAACACAGAUUUUGGCAGGCCAGUCUGACUCUACUGCUCUUUUGCCAUCCUUGGGUCCUAUGCUGUAUCAAGGGCAAGCCUUAAACAGGUACAAUUUACAGGAUCAAAGCUUUCCAUCAUACUUCCCAUCUGUGGCUACAAACCAGAUAUCUGGAAUUCUGUCCCAGCCGUCAUUUCAGCCCAGUUCCACAACAGUGGCUUCUGCAAGUGAGCCUUCACCUUCUCAAGCUCAGUCCUCUAGUGCUUCAGCAUGGUACCAGGGUCCAACCUUUGGGUCUCUGGCAGCACAGAGCCAGAACAUUUCAUCCUCUUCUCAGUCUGUAGUCCCCACAAACCAACUUGCCAGAUUCCAGAACCUGAUGUUUCAACCCAAUACAGCACAGGCUUGGAGUUGGUCUGGUUCUACUCCUCAAGGUGCCCCACAAAACAUUGCAGGUAUUACUUUCCAGGGUGCUUUACCCCAGUUAAGCAGCUAUGGCAAGAAGUGGCCAGUAACCCAGUGAACUUUGAUUAAGGUGCUUUUUGUUGCCUUAAUGCUUGUCUGAAUAUUUCUUAAUAAAUGGAGUGCAUAUUUUGA